CCUCACUAUUGUCAGGAAACAGAAGAUGGAAUUCGUCUUUGCCGAAAAUCUCGCAAUAUGUUAGCGCUCUUGCUUUCGCGCGAUUGCUCGCCUCGUAGUGAAGAUCUAGAAUUUUUCCAAACACGUCGAUAAUCAGUUGUUUCCCCCUUCUCCAUGAGCCAAUAGGCAAAAAUACACUAAAGGGGUCCUGCUGUGUUGAUUCAUGUCGGGGCUCACCCUUCAUCUCGCAGGUCAUUCCUUUAACUCGAUGACGCUGUUCAGUUUGGGGAUGUAAACGCUUGGAAGUCUCUCCAACGGACCCGAACUGAUAUGGCAAUCUUCGAGAGACUGUCUUCAUUCCCGGGAACAAUGAACCACUAGGAGUCGAUGCGUAGAAGCCUUAGGCUCGUCAAGAAACUGGCCCAGCUCUUCAUCCUCCCCCUCUACAUCCCACUGUGUCUCAUGGCUACCAUGUUCUCUCCCUUCUGUGCUCAUCCCAUGGAGAAUGCAUACCCACCUAGAUAGGAUGCCUGCCCUGUCUGAUGCCCUGCUUCCCCUCCUGCCCAUCACCACCUCCUUCUCCUUGUGUGUACCUGCUCUCGCCAACAGUUCCUUGCGGCCUCCACCCUGCAGCACUCCAGCAUGGUGGAUGAGGUAACCACCAUGAAGGAUGAUGUCAUCAACGCCAACACGCUGGCUUGGCUGGUCUGUUCGGGUGUGUCCAUCCUUGCCAACACAUGGAGCAUUCUCAGUGUCAGUGCCAAGCAGAAAAAGUGGAAGCCUCUGGAGUUCCUCAUUUGCACGCUGGCAGGCACACACAUCCUCAACAUGGCCAUCCCCAUCACCAUGUACUGUGUUAUAACGCUGCGACGCCAGCACUCUAACUAUGAGUGGAACGAGGGGCUCUGCAAGGUGUUUGUCUCCACCUUCUACACUCUCACACUGGUCACCUGCUUCUCUGUCACCUCGCUCUCUUACCACCGUAUGUGGAUGGUACGCUGGCCUGUGAACUACAGGUUGAGUAACACCAAGAAGCAGGCGGUGCACACAGUGAUGGGCAUCUGGAUGGUCUCCUUCAUCCUGUCCACACUUCCAGCAGUUGGUUGGCACGACACCAUUGAUCGCUUCUACACCUCUGACUGUCGAUUUAUUGUGACGGAGAUUGGUCUUGGUUUUGGUGUGUGCUUUCUGCUGCUGAUAGGGGGCAGUGUGGCAAUGGGUGUGAUCUGCAUCGGCAUUGCUCUCUUCCAGACCUUUUCAAUUCAGGCGGGACACAAAGCUGACAAGAACAAGUUCAAUGUCCCCACCAUAGUGGUGGAGGAUGCCCAGGGGAAGCGCAGAUCAUCUAUUGAUGGAUCAGAGCCUCUGAAGACCUCACUGCAGAUCACCUACCUGAUCAGCGGUAUCGUCUUCAUCUAUGACUUCCUGACUGGAUUCCCCAUACUGGUUGUGAGCUUUGCCAGUCUAAAGUUUGACCGCUCCUACAACUGGAUGGUGCUGUGUGUGCUGUGGUGCUCCAUUGUCCAGUCCAUCCUGCUGCCCAUGUUCCUUUGGGCUUGUGACCGCUAUCGUGCAGACAUCCGCAUGGUCUGGGAGAAGUGUGUUGCUAUCAUGUCCAAUGAUGAUGUGGACGAGGAAAACAGCCAAGAUGGAGGAAUACAUGCCGACUUAAUAAAUGACAGACCAUAUGACUAUAGCUCGCCGCCUGAAAUCGUGACGGUAGACCGUAAUGCCAAGUAUGAGUUCUCAACCUUAGAAAGGGGGGUUCUGCAAGGGUAUCCAUUGAGGGAACAACAGGAAGAUAAAAUGCAGUAUUUGCAGGUGCCCCCUACAAGAAGAUACUCCCACGACGAAACCGACAUGUGGACCAGCGACCGGAUCCCCUCAUACCUUCACAGAUGGGGCUCCAGCGAGGACAUGAUAGUGAGUGCCCACUACAGCUCCACCUUGCCGCGCCACGAGAGGCGCAGGAGCAGCCUGGUCUCCUACCACGAGGAGAGCCACCAUCAUCAUCACCAUCACCAUCACCCACACCGCAAACGGCGACGCUCUGAGGACAGUGUGCACCCCCUAAAACACCUGCCACGUGUGGUUUGUGGUGGGGAGCGCUAUGAAGAUGAGCUGCGGUGUUUCAGCCGUGAUGAAGUGAUUAACUUUAUUGAUGAGACACCACUGCCUAGUCCCAGGAAGAGCCCGCGACGCACAUCCACCAUCUCACUUAUCCCCAACGUGUAUGAACAACACACAGUGAUCCUUCCUUACUUUCCGCUCACAGACUUUGAACGUGAGCCUCAAGCGCUCAGGCGGCUCUCUGAACACAAACGGAGCAGUAGUCGGGGUAACUCACCUGAGGGCUCCCCCAAACCAGACAGGCCUGAUGGCAAAAAAAGCCCUGGGGCAUGUGGCUCUGGUAAAGGCUGCCAUGAGCGCUCACGAGACAAGGAACUGCAUUGUGAAACAGGCUCUCCUAGAUGCAGCCGUCAGACUCUCGGGCAUUCUGCCUUCAAGCAAAGGACAGGUGGGAGUGCUGGGGCAGGUGCCACGGCAGACUGGGUGCAUCAGAAGCACUUGAGCAAGGUAGAGGGGAAAGGAAGCACAAACAGUUUUGUAAGCACACCAUCGGCAUCUUCCUCGGGGAACAUGACCUUUCACUCUGACUCUGUCGGUUCCGCCACCUAGAAAUUUCUUUCCUAGUACAUCUCAGCAUCUUAACUGAAAUUCUCUUAAUGGAAACCUGGCGGUUACAGAGAAGUCCUAUACUACAGUGUAUGGCCUUUUUUACUUGUGCCAAUGUUCUGUUUACUUGGUGUACCACCUAUUAAAUAUGAUGGGAAAUGACUUUGGGAGCUUUGGUGAAUGAAUCUAACAGAUUUUUUUAAAGGUGGAUUUGAAAAGGUUGGAGGUUCUGCUUUAAGACAUCAAGAAAUAUCUACAAAGGAUGCUUUUUGCAGCACAGACACAAACAAUUUUAAAUGGCGUGAACAUCCCCACCCUUUGUUUUGCUGUUUGAUGUUGUUUCUUAAGAAAUUCAAAGAAUUGAGGGAGGUAGCUGUUGGAGUGGUGCAUUUUUUCUUUUAUGUUUCUUUGGUUGCACUUUUAACUUACAGUUGUAUUUUAUUUGGCCUGUAAUGGCUGUGUGUUUUGUUGUAUGGACACAUUUACUUUAAACCAAACUCUCCUGAACACUACUCAGUAACCUCAAGAUUUACUUCAGGAUGUGACACAUUAUACAUACUUAUUUCAUUUUGAUCAUGAUGUAAAACUUUUAUAUUAACAUUAUUACUGAAAACAAAUUCUAAACUUUUUGAAAGCGCCCUUUGUUGCAGUAAAAGAGAGGUGAUCCUAAUGCCUCAGUUUUACAGUUGCUGUGUGAGAUAUGGAGAUACCAUAUGAAACCCCUUUUAUGGAAACUUGAAUUAUUUACGAGAAUAACUUGUCAUGUAUAUAUGAAGGAUAAUGGAUUUAUGGUUCAGUUGUUUUGAUUUGUUUAUGGGCGCCUUCACUAAGUAAAUUUCCUCCCAGUUCUUCUUAUUCUAACAUUUGUGUUAACUUCAGAGAUCAUUGGACAAGAGAUGCUAAUUUCACUGGAUAUUUAUAUAAAAAAUCUCUGACCAGUACAGCUGAAAAUGGUGCCAGACCUCACCUCUAGUAUGUUUCAGUAAAUGGUUAAAACCAGUAACAAAAACGCCAAAUGGUCCAAAAUGAGAUAUAACAGCCUUCAAACUGCAUAGAUGUAGCAUAACUUAAAUGCCGGUGUUGUUACUAAACCCCAACAUAUUGGCUCUAAUAAGAACUACUGUCUUUGACUGUGAAUUGAUGAUUAACACCAAGACCAAAGAAGGACAUAUUUGAAGAGUUUUCUUAUCUGUUUUAUGACUCUUAAGUAAUUCCUCCUUAUCUAUUAUCCUGUUUAAAGGCAAGUUAUAUGAAAUUUAAGGACCCACAGUCAAAGAUGCUAAGUGCACAAUAUUAUAGAUUUGUUAAUUUUCUAAUCUAAAGAAACAUCUGGAUUAUGAAUUAAGUUAUUAUUAAAAAAGUCAAUUUUAAACAUUGUUUUGCAAAAUUAUCAGAGAAAUAUCCUCUACUAAAUAAUGAAGGCCACACUAGCUCAAAAUAAUUUCGGUCAGCACAAAAUGGACGCUGGCUCAUUAAAAUUGAGACAACUUCUCAAUCCACUGUUAACUACAAACUUAGAAUAAGAAAUGGUAUAGUCUGUUGACAAACAGGUGAUGAAAACUUCUCUACUGGUAGCAGAACACACUUUAGUGUCUUUGGUUAAAGACUUAUUGUUAUGAAUGUAAUUGAAAAAAAAUUAGAUGCACAUUUUCAAAAAACAACAACAAAAAAAAGACUAUAUUAAAUGAAAAUUUCCUAAUUAAAAAUCUUAUAGUUUAUAUAUUUGUCGUUACCUCCCAUUUAAUGAAACAUGCAUUAACUACUUCAUACAAUGGCAGUCAUUUAGAUUUUUAGUUUCAGUUUUCAUGUUUAAGUGUACCUUUCAUUCAUUGCAGCCAAUAAAAUAGCUAAAAUAUUUCUCUUUUCUAUGAAAACAAUGCAUUUCCUUGUCAAACAUUGCUGUCAUAGCUUUUUUCUCUUUUGUGUUAAUAUUAAAAAUAAUUUUGUAACAUUCAGAUAUCAAAAAUUAAAUGAUGUUAAAUGUUAUGCUUUUCUUGUUUAAAUGAGGAAUUUGUUAAAAGA